CCGGGUUCUUCCCCAUCGUCGCCUCUGUGGGCAGACUCAAGGCUGGGAGCAGCUGCAGAGACAAGUCGACCUGCUAAGCUCUGCUCUCUGGGAACAUCACACUGGAGAGCCAAAAAGAGUGGAAGAGCCUGUCUUGGAUAUUUUCCGGUGGAAACCCCGAGGCCAUUCAUUAUGAUGUGUAAGGCACGGGAGUGGCUCAGAAUGACCGCACUGCUAUUCGUGGCUAGAGCAGUUCCAGCUAUGGUGGUUCCUAAUGCCACUUUGUUGGAGAAACUUUUGGAAAAGUACAUGGAUGAAGACGGUGAAUGGUGGACAGCUAAGCAAAGAGGGAAAAGAGCCAUCACAGACAAUGACAUGCAGAGCAUCUUGGAUCUCCAUAAUAAACUGAGAAGUCAGGUGUACCCAACAGCUUCUAAUAUGGAGUAUAUGACAUGGGAUGUGGAGCUGGAAAGAUCUGCAGAAUCCUGGGCUGAAAUGUGUGUGUGGGAGCAUGGACCCGAGAACCUGCUGCCCUCCAUUGGACAGAAUUUGGGAGCACACUGGGGAAGAUACAGACCCCCAACCUUUCAUGUGCAAGCAUGGUAUGACGAAGUGAGAGACUUUAGCUACCCAUAUGAACAUGAGUGCAAUCCUUACUGUCCUUUCAGAUGCUCUGGCCCUGUUUGUACGCACUACACUCAGCUGGUGUGGGCUACUAGUAGCAGAAUAGGCUGUGCCAUCAAUCUGUGCCACAACAUGAACAUCUGGGGGCAGAUAUGGCCCAAGGCUGUCUACUUGGUGUGCAAUUACUCUCCCAAGGGAAACUGGUGGGGCCACGCACCUUACAAACAUGGAAGGCCUUGUUCUGCUUGCCCACCUAGUUUUGGAGGAGGCUGUAGAGAAAACUUGUGCUACAAAGAAGGGUCAGACAGGUAUUACACUCCUCCAGAAGAAGAAACAAAUGAAAUUGAACGGCAGCAGUCUCAAGUCCAUGAUUCCCAUGUUCGGACAAGAUCAGACGAUAGUAACAGAAAUGAAGUCAUCAGCACUCAGCAGAUGUCUCAAAUUGUUUCUUGCGAAGUAAGAUUGCGAGACCAGUGUAAAGGGACCACCUGCAACAGGUACGAGUGCCCUGCUGGCUGCUUGGACAGUAAAGCUAAAGUCAUUGGGAGUGUACACUAUGAAAUGCAAUCCAGUAUCUGCAGAGCUGCCAUCCACUAUGGAAUAAUAGACAAUGAUGGCGGAUGGGUAGAUGUCACUCGACAAGGGAGAAAGCAUUACUUCAUCAAAUCCAACAGAAAUGGCAUUCAAACAAUUGGCAAAUAUCAUUCUGCUAAUUCUUUCACAGUCUCCAAAGUAACAGUUCAAGCUGUGACGUGUGAAACUACAGUGGAACAACUUUGUCCAUUUCAUAAGCCUGCUUCGCAUUGCCCCAGAGUGUACUGUCCUCACAACUGUAUGCAGGCAAAUCCACACUACGCUCGUGUAAUCGGAUCCAGAGUUUACUCUGAUCUGUCUAGUAUCUGCAGAGCAGCGGUACAUGCUGGGGUGAUUCGAAAUCAUGGUGGUUAUGUGGAUGUCAUGCCUGUGGAUAAAAGAAGGAUGUACACUGCUUCUUUUCAGAAUGGAAUCUUCUCAGAAAGUUUACAGAACCCUACAGGAGGAAAGGCAUUCCGGGUAUUUGCUGUUGUUUGACUGGGAACACUUGGAAGGGGAACAGAAAGUCUGCUCCAAAUGCCACAUUUCUGACGUCUGUAUACGACUGUAACAUUGCUGUACAGAAGAGAAACAAGUAUUGCCAGCCCACCUCCAGAGUACAAAUGCGGGCCACUCUUGAUAGACAAAGUGUAUAAAAUAAAACAUGGGACUUUAGCUUUGGGAAAAGUAAUGAACAUUUAAUGGUUUUAGAAAUCCUGUGUUAAAUAUUGCUAUAUUUUCUUAGCAGUUAUUUCUACAGUUAAUUAUAUAGUCAUGAUGUUCUACAUUUCUUAUAUUAUAUGGUGCUUUGUAUAUGCCACUGAUGAAGUGUAUCUAAAGUGACUGUGAAUGGCCCUUAGAGAAUUAUCUGUGCAUUGAAAAACAAUCAGCCCUACAACAAAAAAAAACUUUUAAGUCACUUUUUUCCCCCAAAACCAGUCCAAUUCUGUGUUCUGACCUAUUCUAAAUCUCUGCCUUACUCUAAGGACUGGGCAGUUUUUCUCUUGUAUUAAGUUGCAUUGUGCCAAAUAUUAAGUCCUGAUGUUGCACUUUUUAUUUUGUAUUAAAAUAAUCUUUUAAUUUCCAAGUGAAAAUAUUUGGUACUUUGGCAGGGGCCACACUGGCAUGUGGGGAAAGCCCAAGCAGUUUUGUGAGAACACUGUUGGAAUCAUGUCAUAACUAGAGGAUGAGACAACAGACAGAGCUUGCUAGCGUUUUUAGAACUGAAUUCAUUUUUUUGUUUAUAUCCUGGCAAAUACUCCUGCAGGCCAGGAAGUGUAAUUUUCAAAAGUCUAACAAGGAUGAAUUGGUGCAUUACAUUAUUAUUACCACUGGUUUUCAUAAUGGCAAACAGCUUUAUGUAUAAACUUUUCCUUAGUGUGAUCCUAUGGCAGUGAUGUAUUUGUUUCUAUGAAAAUAUAUUGUGCUUUGAUACUUAAAUUCUGUAAAAUGUUAGGGUUUUUUUAUUCCUGUUGGUGAACUUAGUUGUUUCCCAUAAGAAUAUUAAAAUUAAUCAGUUUUCAAAUACAAUUUUUACUUUUACAUGCA